AUGGUUGCUCUGUGGGGAAGGGGGAAAGAAAAUAGGAAUGACGUGGAAGAGGGGGAGGAGGGCGUGAAGGCAUCCCUCCUUCAUCAGCAGUGUGAGGCUGCCGUGAGUGAGGUGCUCGCCACGGUGAAUACAGUGCAGUACCUUAUUAAAAGCAUUGAGGAAAUCACAGGCAAGCCAUUUCAUCGGGAACGUAUCAAGUGCGUCACGUUAAAUCGUGGUAUUCACAGUGGUGGUGCCGUGGGUAAUAAUGGCUCUGGUCCUUUGGACGGCAACGUGAUGGCGGGGUACAUGUGGCGUCGUGCACGCGAAGACUGUGAAAAGGGUGAUAUUUUGCUUGUUGAGGAGCUCAUGGUUGGCAAGGCAGGUAACAGCGGCACGAAUAUUCCUGACAAGCGAACAAUUGAAACCGUGGAGAGAAAUCUGCGUCAUGAACUCAUUCAUGCCUUUGACGACACGCGUGGUGUGAUUGAGGCAUCGGACUGUAUACAUCAGGCUUGUAGCGAAAUACGGGCAGCGCGGCUUAGUGGGGAUUGCUUUGUCGGAGAGGAGCUCAAGCGUGGGCGGCUGGAUCCGCUGCGUAGCGGUAUACGCUGCGUGAAGCGGCGGGCCACACUUGCAGUAGAAAAGAACCCCGUCUGUCGCGGAUUUUCGGAGCGGGCGGUCGAGCGUGUUUUUCAGCGGUGCUACUCGGACUAUGAGCCCUUCGCUGCGCCCAUUUAUGCCAUGGGUAGUUAUGGCGAGGAGAAGUUCAAGUAG